GGUCACCAUCUGCCGCUGCUAUUGGCACAGGGCAGGGUAGGGGGUGUACAAUAUUCAUACAUUACAAUGCAAAAUUAUGCAAUUUUUUUCUUCUUCUGAUUGCGAUUGCGAGUAGGAGUGAGAGAGAACACAUUUUGCAUUAGAAAAUCGCGCGGUGCGGUAUAAAGAAAAUCCACAAUUUUCCUGAGUGGGUAUCUCUAUCUAUUUUUCUGUAUAAAGGUACGAGUAUUGAAUCUGAAACUUGUAAAUCAACCCUUGUUUUGUACUCGUACUUGCAGUGCUCUUUCGAAGCUAUAGUUCUAUACAAAAUAGAUGCUUUAGUGGAGGUUACUAUAUUCGUUCUCGAGACGUUAUCAGAGAAAGAUCGUUAAAGUGCAAAAAAAGAAAACAAUUUAUUGAGUUUUUUAAAAAACAUAAAAUUGGUUUUAUAUUCAAAGAAUGAAAACCAAUAUCAUUUGGUUUCGACAUGGUCUUAGGAUCCACGAUAAUCCGGCCUUGUGUGAGGCGAUAGCCGAUAAUAGAAAUGAAACUAGAUUGUUGCCGUUAUUUAUAUUCGAUGGCGAAAGUGCAGGAACAAAGUGUGUGGGUUACAAUCGGAUGCAGUUUCUCCUUGAUUCCCUAAAUGAUUUAGAUAAAAAGUUUCGUGCAAAUGGAGGACAGCUAUACAUCAUCUGUGGUAAUCCCACAGAUAUUUUUAGACGUCUGCACAGUUAUCUGGGAAUUGGAAAAAUCUGCUUCGAACAAGAUUGUGAACCUAUUUGGAGUAAAAGAGACAACGAUGUUAAGGACCUUUGCAUUAAAAUGGGCAUACAAGUAGUUGAAAAGGUUUCGCAUACUCUUUGGGAUCCAAGAAUUGUUAUCGAUACCAAUGGAGGAAUAGCACCGCUAACUUAUCAAAUGUUCUUGCAUACAGUUCAAGUGAUAGGACUUCCUCCCAGGCCCUUACCUGAGCCUGAUUGGUCAGGUGUUCAAUUUAUAAAUCUAUCUGAUCACCUCCGAAAGGAUUUGAAUGUUUUCAAAGAGGUUCCUCAGCCAGAGUAUUUCGAUGUUUUUCCAGAAAGUUUAGGAUAUGUUGCUAAAGUCGUAUGGAAAGGUGGUGAAAUAGAAGCGCUGCGUCACCUUACAGAACGCUUAAAAGUUGAAGAAAAUGCUUUCAAAAAUGGAUUCUAUCUACCGAAUCAAGCAAAUCCCAACAUUUUGGAAUCACCAAAGUCUAUGAGUGCUCAUUUGCGUUUUGGUUGCUUAUCGGUUAGACGCUUCUAUUGGGAUAUUCACGAUUUGUUUGAAAAAGUCCAUCAAAGCUAUGGCUUCACUCCAUCUGGUGGUGCUCAUAUAACUGGUCAGCUAAUUUGGAGAGAAUAUUUCUACACCAUGUCUGUAAAUAAUCCCAACUAUGAUCGCAUGGAAAACAAUGAGAUUUGCUUGACUAUACCAUGGGCGGAAACCUGUCAGGAUCAAUUGAUUAAAUGGAAAAUCGGUGAAACUGGAUUUCCAUUGAUUGACGGAGCAAUGAGGCAGUUAUUGGCAGAAGGAUGGUUGCAUCAUUGUUUGCGUAAUGUAGUGGCAACUUUUUUAACACGUGGUGCUUUGUGGCAGUGUUGGGAACAUGGGCUUCAACACUUUUUGAAAUAUCUCCUAGAUGCUGAUUGGUCGGUUUGUGCUGGAAAUUGGAUGUGGGUGUCAUCUUCGGCUUUUGAAACACUAUUGGAUUCUUCGAUUUGUACCUGUCCAAUUGCUUUGUCAAAGAGAUUAGAUCCAAAUGGGGAGUAUAUAAGGCAAUAUAUUCCAGAGCUGGCAAACAUUCCUAAGAAAUAUAUCCAUGAACCGUGGAAAGCCCCACAAGAUGUUCAAGAACAAGCUGAGUGUAUUAUUGGAAUUCAUUAUCCAAAACGCAUAAUUGACUUAAAUGCAGCCUCAAAACAAAAUAAUAUGGCCAUGAAAGCACUUAGAAAUGCACUGAUCGCCGACGGUGCUCCCGAUGACGGUCCACCACAUUGCCGACCGUCCAAUGAAGAAGAAGUCCGUCAUUUCUUUUGGCUCAACUAAUUACAUAUGUACCUACGACCAACAGUUCCUGUUUUAUGGAUAAACACAUCAAAGCUGAAAACAUUAAAAACUAAUUGACAACAAUUUAAAUAAUAUCAAAUUCAGAAUGUUAUACUUCGUUAAAAGUAUUUUUCAUGGUUACAAUUACUAAAUACAAUGUUGAGAAUCAAUCAAUAAGCGAGUAAAAUCAAACCUUCAAUGCCACACAUUUCCUGUAAUAGGCUGCACAUUAAUAUUUUAAUUUCCGCGCCAUCUCAUAAUAUUAGCUAUAGCUUUUAUAUCCAUGAAAAUCAUUGACAAAUUUAAGGUCUAGGCUAAGGUGUAUGAAAGAAUCUUUUUGGUUUGCAAAAUAAAAAAUUCAUCACAAACCCACAA